UAGGAUCUUAUGUGAAAUAAAAAGUGUUGAGUGAAAUAUGGACCAAUAGUAAUAUAGUUAAUCUUUUAUAUAGAGGUUGCUGUGGUAUCAGUGACCUUAAAUGUGGCCCCAUAUUAUGACAACUGUAGUAAAUGCCAUUACUUUCACUCACAAUGCCUCAAAAGAAGAGGCAACACGUAUCAAAAGAAAGGAACAAGAAGAAUGCCAUCCUUGAUGAUUCGGGUGAUGAAGACGAUUUCUCUGUCACCCAGAAAAUAGUAGAAUUCUAUGAGGGACAUCCAUAUCUAUUUGAUCUCCGGCACGAGAACUAUCGCAAUAACAAACUAAAGGAGGCAAAGUUGGCCGAGUUGGCAACAUAUAUUAAAUGGAAUGUGGAUAAGAUUAAAAGGAGAUUUAAGAACCUUCGAAGUGCCCAUGGCAAGCUGAAAAACCGAGCCGGGUCUUCCGGGAAAUCAGGUCAAUCGUCUUGCAGAUUAACUAGUCGACAGGAGUGGAAAAUACGGAACUUGGCCUUUCUGGAUAAUGUCAUUCAGCCUCGGUCCAUGGGACAGGAGAUGGGAAGGGCUGCUGGUGAGGAGUGUUACGAGGACGAUGAGGAUACUGAUAUUGAGUUACAAGAUAACAUAUUGGCACCGGCUAAUGAUAACGACGAGAGAGGGGCUGAAGAUUUAAGGUUGAACGAAUCAGCAAAUACUACAGGUACACUGGACGAGAGAGAGGCAUGGGGCAACUGGCUCCCUACGGUGGUGCGCAAUUGCCCGAAGGAGAAAUUCAAGCAGUUUCAAAUGGACACAUUGUCCCUCUCCCAACGCUAUCGGCCUGAAGAUGAGGCGCAACUUACAAGUAGUCAGGCUAGUCAAGGUGAAUCCCAUGCUCAACAAACAAUCAUGACGCCGGAGCCUGCGACCUCUCAUUUCUCGACCCACGCCAACUUACAGAACCCUUCCGAGCGCUUCCAAAAUACAUCCAACUGUUUCCAAAGCCAGCCAGAGCCACUAUUCCACUACGAACAGCAGCAUAUGCCAGUGUAUAACAGGCAGCCACAAUUUAGGCAUUUAAUAACCAAGCAACAUCAACAAUCCACUAGCCCCAACUCUGCUCAAACUCCCGUCGCCAAGGGCAACAUCAUCGCCUCUUCAUUUCAAUUACCGAUCAAUGAUGUGCACAACCAGAAUCUCAAUCUUGUUUCUCACACACAGCCAGGGGAGCAAAUGAGACUCCCUAGUAAUGAAAUCGGUGCACGUAGAUUCGGAAUCAAUGUUACCAGAGAGGACCAGUCAAUGCUCAACGCACCAUUUGGAAAUCGUUCGUCAUCUUCAAUCGACAAGGCAGACAAGUCUUUUUACGAGACAGAGUCUGAUACCAGUUAAUAUCUAUAUGGGACACUGAGUGCCCUGAGUACAUUGAAUAUCUGUGAGGUAAUUACACCCCCUUCAGGUGUUUGACAACAGUAACUCCCAUUUUGGGUAAUCGAAGACGAUUUUUGUGAUUAAAAGUAUGUCAUUGAAAUAUCAUUAAUAAUCGAAGUAUUACGGAAAAAAUCACUAUUUAAGGAAAAAAAGCUUUGAUAUCGUAUCCAAUCAAUAUUGCUUGUUGCCAAACUUAUGGACUGGAGUGUACAUGCAUUUGGAUUUUUGUUUGUUUCGUG